AUGGAGGACUAUAGACAAGAUGAAGAAUCGACAACGAUUAAACGUAUGCACACAUCUUCUUCUCUAGACAAUACAAUAUCUAAUAUAAAUAGUAGCCACUUAAUGAUAUCAACGUCAUUACAAACCAAAGAUAAUAUAACAACUAUGGCACAACUACCACCUUUACGACCUUCUACUCCACCAUUGGGUAUGACACUCUCUCAUUAUAAUCCGACAACAGGUUCUUAUACAGCCUCUCAACUUAAUGUAGAUCAUGAAGUGAAAAGUAAGAUAUGUACUGGAAUGACACCUGUUUAUCGUGCUCCAUUUGAACGUUGGGGAUCAUGUCUUAUUUAA